UCGAUUUCAACCAAUGGUAUAAUACGUCAAAUGGACGCAGCAUUUUUUCUUCAUUUUACAAUUUGUUGUAAAUAAACGAAUGACAGAAAUGCGGCUGGCGGUGAAAUUGCUCAACAAAAUACAGCCUAUACAAACCCCCUAAUACUCGAGUCUAUUUUGAGAUUGAUGUCAUACCUACGCUCCAUUUUGCUGCCAGCCCCUGAGCUCAGACGAAGUUGGACCACAGAGAGAAGUUGUGGCUAAUGCCACAGGUACAGACUGCCCUGAGAAGUGGAGUGUUGCCAUUUGGAAGAGACUGCAUUAAGAACAAACAGCCUCUCUCGUCCCUGCAUGAAGGUUGGACCGAAGAGGGCGUUACUAAGGAUUUGAAGCCAAUCAUGUCAGAGUUAAAUAAGGAGGUGGUUGAUCUGGUUUGGGGAAAACCAACAGGGGGAGGAGUUUCCACUUCGAUCUUUCGAAGAUGGUCUCAAGGGUUUGUUUUUAGUGAACAUGAGCAAACGGCUCUGAAGCAGUUUGAAGGAGGACCAUGUGCUGUGAUUGCACCUGUUCAAGCUUUCCUUCUAAAGAACAUUCUUUUUAACAGAGAAAGUUCCACCUGGAGAAAAAUGUCAGAAGAGGAGCAGAAGAUGGCCCUGUGUUCAACACUGAGUGAAAUCCUCGAGUCUGCCUGUGCCAGCCCCUCCACAGGGUUCUGUUUUGUGACCUGGGCCAAGGGACAGAGCCCACAUCCUAGCACGCUUUCUAAGACCCAGACACAGUCUCAAACACAGGACAUGCCAAGACCAGAGAGCAGUCAGUCGCCACAGGAACAGCAGCCAACUGCUUUGGCUGCUGAGGACCUUGGCUUUGAGCAAUUUCACAGUGUACUUCACAAGCUAACUGUCCUGUCAGUGUCUGAUCUCAGAGAGGAGGUGCUGUCUCUAUACCAGUCCUGGAGGGGGUGCUGUGGGGUUUUGCUUUUCCUUUACUCUGUCAUCCUCACUAAGGGCAUAGAGAAUAUUAGAAAUGAAAUCCAGGACCCAACAGAGCCCCUGAUAGACCCUAUACAUGGUCAUGGAAGUCAGAGCCUGGUGAACCUCCUUAUAACCGGCCAUGCCGUCUCUAAUGUAUGGGAUGGAGACAGGGAAUGCUCUGGCAUGAAGUUGCAUGGAAUUCAUAAACAAGCAUCUGUUGGCUUCCUCACGCUUAUGGAGUCACUGCGCUACUGCAAGGUCGGGACAUUCCUCAAAUCUCCAAAGUUCCCUAUUUGGAUUCUUGGCAGUGAAACGCAUCUCUCUGUAUUUUUCACCAAGGAGAUGUCGUUGGUAGGUCCAGAAUCUCCAUCAGAACAAGCAAGAAGGGUUUUCCAGUCAUUUGAUCCAGAAGAUAAUGGCUUCAUACCAGAGUCUCUUUUGGAGGAUGUAAUGAAAGCUCUUGACCUUGUCUCAGAGCCUGAAUACGUCAGCCUGGUGAAGAGUAAGCUUGAUCCAGAGAGCUUGGGCAUAAUUCUUCUGGGCCCUUUUCUCUUGGAGUUUUUCCCAGAUCAGGAUUCAGGAAUCCCAGACUCAUUUCCCAUCUACCACUACAAUGGACUUAAACAGUCCAACCACAAAGAGAGGGUUGAAUACGUGGAGGGGACAGCUCUGGUGCUUGGUUUCGAAGACCCCAUGGUCCGGACCGACGACACGCCAGUGAAGCGCUGCCUGCAGACCAAGUGGCCCUACAUUGAGCUGCUGUGGACCACCAACCUCUCACCGUCAAUGAACUAGCACUGAAACAUUUGGUGUGUCUUUGCAUGUGGUCGGACCACUGCUGCCCCCCCCGCCACAUGUCCCUCCUCAGCUUCCCCUGUGCCCACUGACCACAGGAGGUCAGCAGACCUCAGAGACUUACGCACAUGCAACAGAGACCUACAACGACAAAAGAAACCCAACGCACACAGGGGGGACACACAUGUUAAAGGAAAAAGCACUCAAGCUUGAGAUCCAUUUCUUACAUCUACAUUCACACAUUCCACAUAAAUGCAAACUCUGCUGUGCAGUCACCAUUGAUUGUAUUUAAGACACAGGAUGUUUGUGUUGAGGUCAUCUUGAAAAAGAAAAGAAUGAUUUCCGUAACAGCACCGUGCCGUGCUGAUAACUUCUGUUACAGUUUAGCAGCAGACAUGUAAACACUGUUUAGACAGCCGAAUUUGGUUCAACAGGCGUGUUGUUAAAAGUCACACUGAACCACAUGUAGAGCCUGUCGACUGUGAAACCCUAAUCUUACACCAGAGCUACAGAACUGUUCAAACUUACCAAAGCUUCCUCUAAUGAGAACACAAACUCACACACCCGCCAACAGCCACUUCCACUGCUUGGAGUUUACAGCAUUAAAGGGACCAACCCCGAAGGAGAGAUCCUAACUGGAGGUUUUCUGCAUUUUAACCAAGUUCAAAUUGGUUUAGGUGCUAUGUGGGAGCUUUAUGCAUUAUAGGAUGGUGGUUAAGUGCUUGUAUUUAUUAUCACGCUCAAAGGUUCUGGAAUAAACACUGUUGUUUUUUUUCUUUUGUUCAAA